CCCUGCGCGUCCUGCCAGCGGAAUUCUUAGAAGCAAAGCAGCAAUUUCCGCCCGGCUCAAACCGUCUGCAAUUACAGCCCGGCGCGGGCUGACGAGCGCUUUCCCUUCGUCGCAGCCAAACGCUGCCGGUGCCGCUCGGCCCUCCUGGCCGUCGCACUCUGCACUUUGCGGUCCGUCAGACAAAGGCUUUGGUGCAGCCGAACCUCCGCCCCAAAACCUCCGUUUCCGCCGCUCCCGGAUGGGUUGGGACGCGCAGCGCCCGCGGUUCGGGGCGGGGGGAAGUCAGAGCAAAGCCCCCCCUCACCGGCUUCGGCCACGGCAGCGGGGAUGGAAGAAUGGAAGAACCCCGGGCGGCCCAAACCGCAGCCGCUGCCCGCCGGCGGAUGUGCUGGAAAUAGCGCUGGGAUCGGCCGGGGGGGCUGGGGGGGCGCGGGGUUCUAUAAAGGCGGUUCGGUUCGGGGCGCCGCAGUGGAGCUGCACCAUGAAGGCCGCGGUUCUGCUGCUCCUCGUGGCGCUGCUCGCGUUCAGCCUCUGCCACGCACCCGACGGCUCCGAUGCUCCCAGCGCUAAAGCUUUCAUCUCCCACCGCGCCAGCGCCGAGAUGGUGCAGAGGCAGAAGAGGAAUUUGGCCCUCGGCGGCGGCAUCGCCGGAGCUCCGACCCCCCUGGAGUCCAAACGCGAGGUGUGCGAGCUGAGCCCCGACUGCGACGAGCUGGCGGACCAGAUCGGCUUCCAGGAGGCGUACCGCCGCUUCUACGGCCCCGUCUGAGCCCCCCAACCCCCCGGGGCUCCACACCUCCCCCCCCCCUCCAGUAAUGCUCCACUUCCCCGCGAAGGACGGACAGAAAUAAAGGCACGGUGCAGGGCACGGCGGCUCCUUCCUGGGUAGGGGGUGUGGGGGGGGUCUAUUGUCGCAUUGGGGGCAUCAGCACUGCAGCUCAGCCCCAUAGGACAGUGGGGCUGCCUGUC